UUUACUGUCAAAGGAAUCUAUCUUCUUUAGCUUUCUGUUUUUUUUUUCAGCAGAAUUUUUUUUAUAGAAAACCCAUUUAGGUUCUGUAUUUUGUCUAUUUAUUGCUUCCAAAUAUAGAACAUACAUGCUUCAGUUUCAGUUUCUGAUUUAGGGUUUUGCUUUUUGGUGGUGUUAUACUUCUUUGGUUGAGGAAAAAAGGCAGCAUAUACACUAUGCUAUUUGCUUUCAUUUUCAGCUUCUUCUGAGUCUUGCCUUUUUCUCUUUGAUCUGAGCUACCUCUCCAUCUCUUGCUGUUCUCAACAAGUGUUUUUCUUCUCUCUUGAAAUUGCUGCAUCUGUUUUACUAGUGAACUAUGGGAGAGCAGUUGGGAUUGCUAAAGGUGACUGUUGUACAAGGGAAGAAAUUGGUUAUCCGGGAUUUCAAGAGCAGUGAUCCUUAUGUGGUGGUCAAGCUUGGGAAUCAGACAUCAAAGACCAGAGUUAUUAAUAGUUGCCUUAAUCCAGUCUGGAAUGAAGAGCUAAGCUUCACCCUCACUGAACCUUUUGGAGCUCUAAGUUUGGAAGUAUUUGAUAAAGAUCGUUUCAAGGCAGAUGACAAGAUGGGUCAUGCUCAACUCAGCCUUCAACCGAUUGCCUCUGCUGCUAGAUUGAAGCAGAUUCUGCAUGUUUGUUCUGGUGAGACUGUUUUAAGAAAGGUUGUUCCUGACACGGACAACUGUCUUGCCAGGGAAAGCUCGAUUAGUUGCAUUGAUGGUGAGGUGGUGCAGAGUGUUUGGUUAAGGCUCUGCGAGGUCGAGUCUGGGGAGAUAGAACUAAAGAUCAAGUUGAUCGAUCCACCUGUCGCCUCUUCAAGGUAGUUAAGAGCUUAGAAUUGUCAGUUGAGUAGAAUUUCGAUAUGGGUACCUCGUACCCGUUUAGAUGUAUCGAAUUCAAGUAGAUUUUCAAAAGAAGGGUGUCAAAAUUAGUGCAGAUUCAGCUGGGUCGUCCAAGACCAAGCUCCUCUUCUCUGUGUGUGCUCAAGCGCAAUUGUGUAUGCUUUUGAAGAUGUUAUCAAGUUUGAUGAUGUGAUUCUAGUUUAAAGAUUGCAGGUGAUUUUGCAGAAAUCAGUUUGCUUUACAUGGGGCAAAAAAAAAAUCUUUUCAAGACAUCAAAUGUUGUAGGAAUGUGAGUGUUUGCUUUAUAUGCUUAUGCAUACUGUUCAUGUUUAUGUCAUCCAGUGAGAAUAUUGUUUAUAUUGUUUAUUAUUAUUACUAUUAGAUGUCAUAUAUUUUGAAUAAAAUUUUAAUUUUAUUUCUUAAA